AUGUCAGCUCCGUUCCCCAAUCUUUACACGCAUAGAAAGGUCGCCGGAGGGGCAGCCAGACCCUGUGACGUUUGCUACAAGCCAAGCACUUCCGUUCUCAUCACGCCGGACAAGAAGGACUUUUUCUACGUGUGUCCAUCGCACUUGAAGGACACCUACUUCUGCUCUCCGAAGAUAGAUGAGGGUGCUCUCAAAGCCAGGCGCGAGAGAGAAAUAGCCGAGGAAACAGAGAAGUUAAAGAAGGAGUACGAAGAACGUCAGCGCAAGAAGAAAGAAAAGGAGUCAAAAGGUAAAGACAAGGACAAGGAAAAGGACAAGGAAAAGGACAAGGAUAAGGACGAGGGCAAGAACGCAGAUAAGAGGGAGGAUAGCAAAGAAAAGGCUGAUAAUGAAUCAGCAAAAAAUUCCCAGGACGAGCCAUCUAGCACACCAAACGAAGAGCCUCGCGUCUUUGAGCUCAAGAGGUUCGACUGA